AUGGGCAAACCAUACAAAAAAACUAACCCAGACGAAAUAAAGGCAUUUUUGGGAAUCAACCUCCUAAUGGGAAUAAAACGAUAUCCAAGCUACAGAGAUUACUGGAGCACAGCGCCUGAUUUACAUGAUCCUUACAUAAGUCUGAUUAUGACUUUACACCGAUUCGGUUGGCUCCUAUCACAUGUUCACCUCAAUGACAAUAGUGUUAUUCCGGCACGUGAUACAAUUAAUUUUGAUAAAUUAUAUAAAGUAAGGCCGUUUUUGGAUUCCCUAAAAGCUAAUUUUCGAAAUUGUCUUCAGCCACAUGAGAAUGUAGCGGUGGAUGAAUCGAUGAUCAAAUUCAAAGGUCGUAUUUCUAUAAAACAAUAUAUGCCCAAAAAGCCUAUAAAAAGGGGCUACAAAGUGUGGAUGUUAGCUGAUUCAUCUGGGUAUUUCCUAAAUUUUGAAAUUUACACAGGAAAAGCAGGGAAUGAAGUUGAACAGAAUUUAGGUGCUCGAGUAGUUAAAAAUAUGACUUCUGAAAUAGCAAACAAAAACCAUAAAGUCUUUUUUGACAAUUUUUUUACCGGUGUACCACUGAUGGAAGAGCUUCGUCAACAACAUUUGUAUGCUUGUGGCACUGUCAACUCAACAAGGAAAAAUUUGCCUCAAUUUAAGACAGAUAAAGAGCUAAAACGGGGAGAUUUUGAUUGGUAUUCUAGUAAUACGGGUCUGGCAGCGAUAAAAUGGCGGGAUAGAAGGUCGGUACAUUUGUUAUCAUAUUAUCACAAUCCGUCUUCAAGCACUGCGGUGAAAAGAAAGGAAAAAGAUGGGACGCAGGUACAAGUGCCAUGUCCUAUUAUGCUUAGGGAUUAUAAUAAGAACAUGAAUUUUGUGGAUAAAUUUGAUCAGCUUAGGGCUACUUAUGGUAUCGAUAGAAAAAGUCACAAAUGGUGGCACCGAAUAUUUUUCUUCUUUAUCGACUCAGCGCUUGUAAAUGCAUUCAUUAUAAAUAACUUUUUAGGAAAAUCACCUCAAUUGACAAUAAAAAAUUUUCGAAGGCAAGUGUCAGAGGGUCUGGUAUCAAAUAAUUUAGUUAAUCAUUUGUCAUUGCCUACGGACUUAUCUUUACCUUUGAAAAAACACAAACCAUCCGUUUGA